CAAUGAUAUUCUGGAAACAAUAGGAACAGGUAUUCCAGGUCUUAUUGGUACUAUUCUUGCUGACUCUACUAUGAUUUGGUGUUGCUGGAUAAUUUGGGGAAAGCACUGGCUAGUCAUUGUGCUUCCCAGCCUUUGUCUAAUAUGUGGUGUUGGUAAAGUCAUACAUUUCUUCUUGUUUAAAAUUAUAGCCAUACACCUAAUCUUUAUAGAUUAUACUACUGCUACUUCUUUUGGUCUGAUACUUUAUGCAUCAUUCACUCUGGCUACAACACUGUGGUGCACUAUGCUCACCAUCUAUCAUAUUCUGAGUGUAGGACAAGUAAACAAUGGAAUAAGAGGUGCACUUGGAGUCUAUGGACAUGUUAUUGAAGUUCUAGUGGAAUCUUCUGCUCUUUAUUCUGUAUGUUUGAUCCUCUAUGUGACCCUUACUGCUAGCAAUAGCUGGGGACAUACCUGUCUUGAUACCAUAACAGGUAUUGCACCAACACUCCUCAUUGGACAUGUUGCUGCAGGCCAUGCUUGCCCUGAUGACUCAUGG